UAAGGUUAAUUGGUUAGUAUUGAAAUAUUAGCCAAAAUGUUAGCAUGAUGAAGAUCUCCGAUUCUGGUUUCACGCGUGUUGAGAGCGUCUCUCUGGAACCCUCGUUCCAGACUCACGCGGCAGGAUGAAGAUCUCCGAUUCUGGUUUUGAGCUGAAAGUUUGUUGCGAUUUUCGUUCCUUGUUUCAGGUCAGACUUCGGCGAUGUGGGAAGCUUAUCGAUUUAGGGUUUAUAAGCCCCAAAUCGAUCUAUUCUCGCGCAGAGGACUGUUCAUUAGAUUUUGAGAACGACUUCUUGUUCGGUGUUUCUUUUUCAAAUUCUGCUAGCUGUGUGUAGAUUUCAAUUUGUGUCCCUGGUGUUUAUCUACUUUGGACGAACCUGGGGACCUGUUUUGCUUGAGAUAAGAAGGCCAGACGACUACCCUCUGCUGGCGUCGGUUUUACUGUUCAUUUCUUGGUUAAAUUGGAGACCUUGAAAUGGUACGAACUAAACAGGGACCAGGGGCUAAUUCUUCGACUCGUACCACUCGAGCUUCCUCCAGAUUCUCUGUAUUGGAAGGGUCGGAUGAGGAAUUCCCUUCCUUGAACGCUGCAAAGCCAAUGAAGCUGGCAAAGAAUUCCGGCAUAGCUAGCGCUGUUAUGCAACCUACUGGGAGUGGACUGCCUGGGCAGACAACAACCUGAGCUGCAGGGAUGAUAGAGGCUCCACAGCUAGAUGGUGCAUUGCUUGAAGGCAGUGAAUCUCCUGGGAACAAGGUGAAACAUGCUGAAGGGGUGAUUUUUGCUGUCACCCGGUCUACACAGCACCAAACUAUAGGUAUUAAACCAAAUGAAGCUACUUCACCUACUGGAGCUGUGGAUGAUACCAAUGAACCAAAGAGGAAGCAAUGGAGUACACUGUUUAAAGACAACCGAGCUCCUACCGAAGGGCUUAAACUGAGGUAUAUUCCACCAACCAGUAAUUUUCUGGAUUUUUCGGACCGUGUGCUACCUUCAAUGGUGGAUAUCUUUGGCUACUGUCUGGUGGGAUUUUUUACCGGAAGGUUUCCUGGUUUAAAGGCAACCUAUAGCCUUGAAAAAAAAUGGGGAGUACACUGUGAAAUCAAACCACAUGAUAAGGGUUGGGUUGUUUUUAAAUUCAAAAUCGAAGCUGAUAGGACUAAAGUUAUGCUUGAGGGGCCUUAUACCCUCUAUGGGAAGCUAUUGGUUUUGAAGGUUCUGUCUGAUGAGUUCUCCUUUGAAGAUGAAGAGUUCUUGAAGGUGCCAAUUAGGAUUAAAUUCCCUAAGCUCCCUGUGAGGAUGUGGAAUGAGGAUACUAUUAGCGAUGUUGCUUCUAUGGUUGGAGUUCCACUCACCACGGAUAGGAUAACGCUUGAAAAGGCAAACCACAACUUCGCUAGAGUAUUGAUCGAAGUGGACGUGACAAAGCCACCUCCCCUCUCAUUUCCAAUCAAGAUGGCGUCAGGAAGGACUUUUGAGCAGCGGGUUCUCUAUGAAACGUUUCCGAACUACUGUUUCCAUUGCAAACAAUACGGACACCAUCCUUUCAUUUGCAAGAAACUAGCAGCAAAAGAAAAACCUGAAACCAAUGAACCAGAUAAUAAUGAGGCUAUUUUAAUAGCUAGGGAACCCACCACGAAGGCUAUUGAGACUACGAAGACCAUUGUGGUGCAGGAUAUUGUGGACCCAGAAGGGGAAUUUGUGGAAGUUCGUAGGCAGAAAGGAAAAAAGAUUGCAAAGCUGGUGACACCUUCCGCUGCUGCUGCUGUUUUACAAGCUGCGGCUGGGCCAGAAACUGCUGCUGCAAUUCCUGCUGCACCUGUUUUACAACCUGCAGCUGGGCCAGAAACUGCUACAGUUUCCCAGGCUGCACCUGCUGCUGCUAAGACUUCACCUGCACCCGCUGCACUUGCUGCUGCAAUUCCUGUUGCUGCUCUUGAGCCGCAACCUGCUGCUGGGGUGGACAAACUUGACAAACCUGCUGCUGCACUUCCUGAACCGGAUCCUGCUGCUGCCCAUGAGCCGCAACCUGCUGCUGCUAUUCCUGAUAAACCUGCUGCUGCACCUUUUCCCCAGGUUGCUGCCAAGGUUACUGAAGAGCAGGUAGGUGGUGCGGAUCCAAAGAGUGGUUGGAAACAGUUUGGCAAUAGGAUGUAUGAUCCAAACAGAUACGAGGAGAUUAAGAUAACAUGUAGAAAUGGGAAGAAAAAAACUCUUUUAUUUAUGAAGCCCCAAAAAAGAAACUAAAGGAAUGCUGGUUUUGUUUUGACUUUAUUGUUGAAAGAUGUUGUAAGAGGCUGCGACCUACUUAUGUUGAUAGUUUUAUUUAGGUUAGACUAGUCUAACUUAGAUAGUUCAACUGAUCAUGAGUGAUGCAUUGUAUAAUGUUAUUUUUUGGGUGGUUUAUAUAUAUACUUACAUUUCAUCCAAAAAAAUGAGAUACUUUAAGGUA